AACUAUAGCAGGGUGACUGUUACCCCAAUGUUUCUAUAUAUCUGUAACCCUAUGUGCCUUUAGCAGAGUUCAGACCCCUAAGGGCACAUAAAGUUUCCUGUGUCACUAAGGAGGGGUAACUGGAAGAGACUCUCACACCCCGGGGGCAGUUGAUCAAACACAACGUAGCACGGCUGACCGGCCUCGGGGAAACAUUCCCUUUGUUUUUGUUAAAUUGGGCAAGUCGAGACACGCCGGUCCUGGCCCAACUCCUCUGAAGCCAAUGGGUGCUGAAAGCUGGAGGCCACGGGGUUAUGUGUAUUGGUUGUGAAGGAAUGCUGGAGAUUGGAGGGCGGGGCCUAUUUACUAAUCAGGCAACUACACAACUCGAGCUUCCUCGCCUGGACAGGAGCAGAUUUCUUGAAAAGUCUCGUAGGAACUAAUUGAAGAGCCAAGAAGGAAAAGGGGGGGGGGGGUGUUUGACACCUUCUUGACAACGUCGCCCCCAACUGUGAACACCAGGAACCCAAGGGAAGAUGGAGAACGGCACGGAACACAGUACGUAUACAUCGGAGAAGUAUCCAGAGAAGAUCCUCGAUAGGAUCGGCCAACUGCGUGCCCAGCAGGAACUCUGCGAUGUGACCUUGGAGGCCGAGGGGAUCUCCUACCCAGCCCACAGGGUCCUCCUCGCCUCUGCUAGUACUUACUGUAAACUGCUCUUCGCUGACCCCAAAACCGGCGACCCCGUCCAACUCAAAGGCGUGAAAGCCAAAGGGCUCAAGAACGUUCUGGACUUCAUCUACACCAACAAACUCAGGUUGUCCAUGGCCAACAUUGAGGACACCUUGAAGGCGGCGGAGGUGCUGUUGGCCCGCGAGGCCGUCAAGCUCUGCUUUCGGUUUCUAGAAGACCAUCUGGCGGACGACAACUCUUUAGAGAUAUUAAACUUGGUCAAGAAGCACGGGCCGGACGACUUGAAGCAGAAGGCCGGUCAACAUUACCGACAGAUACUGGGGAACGCUGAAAGCUUAGUCAAGGUGGACAAGACCACCCUCUGUGAGAUAUUGGGCAGGGAGGAUAUGGCGGAAUACAGGGAGUUAGACCUGUUUAAUUUCGCCGUGGCGUGGCUGCGGCACGAUAGCUCAAGGGUCGUUGAGGCAGGGGAUGUCCUAAGGCACAUACGGUUCCCUCUUGUUCCUCUGGAAGAUCUCCAGAAGAUGGUUAAGGAGACCUCCAUCUUGAAAACCGACUCAAGCUGCUUCAGAUACCUUCAAGAUGCCCUUAGUUACCAUGCCCAACUCUAUGCCCAACCCGUGCUGAGCUAUGAGGGCACCCGUAUCCGCUCCAGCACAGAGCGGCUGCUGGUCAUUGGAGGAAGAACCUCCGAUAAUGUGGUCGGUGGAAGCAUCUACGUUGGAGACGAUGGUGGGAGCUCAUGGUCUCAACUCGCUGAGCUUUAUGUGCCUGUUUAUAAUCACUGCACCGCGGUCAUCAACGACUUCCUGUUCGUUCUCGGAGGGCAGAACCGGUUUGACCCGACGGGGAAACAUCCAUCCAACGAGGUGUUUCGGUUCGACCCCAGACAAGGAUCGUGGCUUCAGGUUGCCGGGAUGCAGGACCGGAGGACGCGCUUUCACGUAGAGGUGGUCUCGGAGCGCAUCGUUGCUGUUGGCGGGGGGACGCUAUUGGGGCACCUCACUAACACGGUGGAGGAAUAUCACCCGUCAGAAAACAGCUGGGAGUUCACGGCCCCCUUCCCAGUACCGGUGGCGGAUCACGCUGGCACCACCCACAAGGGGAUCCUGUACAUCUCAGGGGGUUAUUCCACAGGGAGGACCCUAAGCGAUGUGUACAGUUACCUCCCGCGGCUCCGGCGUUGGGUGAUGAACCGAUCCAUGACAUUUGCCCGAUGUGACCACGGAAUGGCCGCCAUGGGCGAGAAAGUCUAUUGUGUCGGCGGGCGCACAUUGAAUGCGGCUCAGGAAUGGAUCCAUGUCAAUGAGACGGAAGUUUAUUGGCCGGCGGCCGACCAAUGGAGCACCCUGCCGCUCUCCCCCAUCCACUGCUGCCAGUUCAGCAUCACCGCCCACGACUCCAAACUCUACAUCACCGGCGGCGGCUCCUUACGGCGAAUGAACAAAGAGGAGGGCGUGUUUAUCUACGACCCUGAAGCCAAGACUUGGAAGAAGGCAGGGUCCUUGCCUUGCCCGCUAGUAGACCACGCCUCCUGCGCCAUGAAACUCCCACAUCACCUGACCCAGAAACUUCACCAGAAAGAGGAAAAUUCCAACGUUUCGGCCAAAAAGAAGUCGACCCUGAAUUUGUUCAUUACUGGGAAAAAAGAAAAGGACUUGGACGGCCAAUCAGAAGCAGCGGUGUGAGAGUGGGAGGUCCCUUUUUUAUUGGCGGUAUUAUUAGGGGGCUAAUUACUGCAUUUAAGAUUCUAUAUGGUACGGGUGCUGCCAUAUUGCUUGCCAUUGGCAAGGUAAGUGUUAAACCUCUCCACUAGGGGUAAUAAAUUUACCCCAACUGGGGCAAGGACUAUGGGAAACAAUAUGGCUCCUCCCACCCAUGCGCAUAAAUAUAAAGGCAAAGUUGCAAUGAGAUAUUUCUAAUUUUCGAUGUGAUUAUGAGAAUUUAUAGUAAUACUCGGUAUUUAUAUAAAUAAUAAACUGCUAUCUAUGUGUGUGAGUUA